AUGUGGAGAGACAUGCAUGAGCAGCACGAGCUACUCGACGAUGGUGACCUUGAGAGCUUUCAUCGCUCAUUCCUACCAAACUCCACUCUCGAUUCCGGCGAGCCACGACUGGUAUACUCUUAUCGUCAUGUCCUCAGCGGCUUCGCCGCCCGCCUCACUCUGGGAGAGUUGGAGACCAUCAAGUCUAAACCCGGCUUUCUCUAUGCGCAAUGUGACCGCAGCUAUCAGCUUGCAACAACCUAUACACCAAAAUAUCUCAGCUUAACCACAUAUAACGCAUGGGGAUCCACUAUGAUGGGGCAAGGCCUUAUCAUUGGUGUACUCGAUAUCGGGAUAAAUCCUAGACAUCCUUCAUUCAAUGACACUAACAUGCCACCUAAGCCAUCUCCUACAAAAUGGAAAGGUAGCUGUUAUGCAGGUUUCCCAUGCAAUAAUAAGAUCAUCGGAGCAAAGGCAUUUAAUGGAGGGUCACACUCUUCCCCUGAAGACACGGAUGGACAUGGAACUCAUGUGGCAGGCAUCAUAGCUAGCAACUUUGUCAAGGAUGCAAAUGUUCUCGGAAUGGCAAAGGGUGACCCAGCAUCUGGCAUGGCACCUAUGGCUCAUCUCUCCAUUUACAAAGUUUGCUUUCCAAAAGUUGGGUGUGUCGAGGCUAACACAUAUGCUGCUGUGGAUCAUGCGAUAAAAGAUGGGGUGGACAUUAUCUCGAUGUCUAUUACUGGCUUCCAUAAUGAUACGUUUUAUCAAGAUUCAAUUUCUAGGGCUUCUAUAACAUCCAUACAACAUGGAAUCAUUCCUGUCUCUAUAGCCGGAAAUGAUGAUCCUGAGACAGGGACACUCAAUCAUAGUGCACCAUGGGUGUUAACUGUUGGAGCAUCAACCACUGAUCGAAUAAUAGCUUCCACUGUGGAGCUGGGAGAUGGUAGAACGUUCCUUGGAGAGUCGGCGUACCAACCAAAUCAUUGGAAUUCUACUAAGAAGUGGGGGCUUGAAUAUCUCGGCACGAAUGGUGACGUUAAGGCCAGUUAUUGUCUGCCCAGUGAAUUGGCUAAAUUUAACUUAACAGGUAAAAUUGUAAUAUGCCAGAUUGGCAUAACUACGGAUGAGAAGAGAGGAAAGGCGGCAUACCUAGCUGGCGCGGAGGGGAUGAUCAUAAUAAACAAGCCUUCCCAAGGACACACCACUUAUUCUCCUGCUCACGUUCUUCCAGCAUCAAAUAUAGACCAUCCAGCAAGAUUAGAAAUUUUAGACUACUUCUAUAACAAUCAACCCAAUGCAUUUGCCAGCAUACACUUCAAUGGCCCCCAAUUCGGAUUCACUCCCUGCCCCGCUGUCACAUCCUUCUCCUCCCGCGGGCCAAGCCGCAUGAACGGUGGAAUCAUCAAACCCGACGUGCUCGCCCCUGGAGUCAACAUUUUGGCUGCCUGGCCAAAAGAUGUUGGCCCUAACCCAAAUCCAUUGGCAACCCACACCUUCAACUUUGACAGUGGAACCUCCAUGGCCGCACCACACGUAGCCGGGAUUGUGGCAUUGGUGAGGAGCAAGCACCUUGAGUGGACCCCAGCGGAGAUCCUAUCAGCGAUCGUAGCAACCUCGAAUGACUCAUGGACGGAUGUCGGCGAUCUCAUUGCUGACGAUAACUCAUACAUAACUGCAGAGAUAUAUGCCACCGGAGCUGGUCAUGAGGUUACAAUUACAAUCGGAAAACAAACAAGUUGCAAUGGGGUUAAGUAUCUAACCGCGUCAGAACUUAAUUACCCGUCAAUCGCGAUCACUUUGACUAGGUCAACGAGUAGUCAAAUAGUGAACAGGACAGUGAAGAAUGUGGGGGACGUGAGAGAGGACUACUCAGCUAAGAUUACCGAGCCCGUCGGGGUAGAAAUUUAUCUCUCAACUUAUAAGCUUCAAUUUAAGAGGUUGAAUCAGGAGGUGAGCUGCAGCGUCAACUUUGCCUUGAAUGGUGCUUAUCCGAGCCAAGGGAGUGACAUGAUAAGAAGAGGGAAAAUUGUAUGGGAUUCAGGGAAGCAUGUGGUGACCACACCGAUUGCUGUAUUGCUUUGCUCAGAAUCUCAGAUCGGUUCUGUUUUUUAUUCCUUCUCCGGCGAUGGCGACUGCAUCUUCCUACUGGUGUUACCGCUGCAGUCUCUUUGUGAGGGUCUGGCCGUAGGACGCGAUCGUCUGUCCUGA